CAGGCUGCCUCAGCACCAUCUCCUCCGCACCACUCUUGGGCUUUGACAAGUUUCAGUGAACGCUUCACGUGAGUCAGAACAGUUCGUCACCAUGAGCAUGUAUCUAUCCGGUUAUCCCAGCAUGUCCGUGUCCUCUGUGACAGGCUCCAGGCGGGCAAGGAGCGUCCAUGGCGGCGCAACUCGUCAAAGCGUCCGGAUGUCCUACGCCUCCAACGGCCUCGGCUCUUCCUUUAACUUGGCAGAUGCCUUCAGUGGUUCCGGAGGGGCCGGUGGUAGUGUCUCCGUUUCAGGCAAUGACAAAAAUACCAUGCAGAAUCUCAAUGACCGCCUGGCCGCCUACUUGGAAAAAGUGCGCUCUCUGGAGUCCGCCAAUACGCAGCUGGAGCGUCAAAUCCGCGAGUGGUACGACAAGCAGACCCCAACCGUCAGGGACUACAGCAAGUAUGAGGCAAUCAUCAACGACCUGCGCAAAAAGAUCAAUGCUGCCACACAGGACAAUGCCAGGCUGAUGCUGCAGAUUGACAAUGCCAGACUGGCGGCGGAGGAUUUCAGAAUCAAGUUUGAGAAUGAAAUGGCGCUGCGCAUGUCAGUGGAGGCGGACAUUGCCGGACUGCGCAAGGUUCUGGAUGACCUGACCAUGGCCCGGUCUGACAUGGAGAUGCAGGUGGAGGGCCUGAAGGAGGAGCUGGUCUACCUGAAGAAGAACCAUGAGGAGGAGAUGGCAGCCAUGCGUGGCCAUGUUAACGCCAGCUCUGUGAACGUGGAGGUGGACCCCAGCCCUCAGGAGACCCUGACCAGUACCCUGGAACAGAUAAGAGCUCAGUACGAGGGCAUCACUGAGAAGAACCGCCGCGAAAUGGAAGUCUGGUACAAGGGCAAGUUUGACGAACUGAACACUCAGGUGGCGACCACCACAGAGACCCUCCAGACCUCCAGAAGUGAGAUCAACGAUCUCAAGAGGACCCUGCAGGCCCUGCAGAUUGAGCUGCAGUCCCAGCACAGCCUGAAAUCGGCUAUGGAGGGCCAGCUGGCGGAGACAAAGUCCCGCUACAGCCUGAAGCUGAGCCAACUCCAGACCAUGGUCAACUCCCUGGAGGAGGAGCUCAGAGAGAUGAGGCAGGACAUCGAGAGGCAGCGCAACGAUUACCAGGUGCUGCUCAACAUCAAGACCCGGCUGGAGAUGGAGAUCGCCGAGUACAGGAGACUGCUGGAUGGAGAGGACUCAAAUAAAUCUACUGUCAGUGUACAAAAGCCUGUGGUCAAAGAAGUGAAACCCGUUGUCACCCAGCGGAGGAAGGUGGUGAUCGAGGAGAUCGUUGAUGGAGAAGUGGUGUCCCGCACCAUAGGAGAGGACACAGAGAUCAUCAAGAGCUAGACAGACUGGAUCCCAUCACAUCUGGGCGAAAUGAUAAUUAAACUUCAAGACAAUAACAGAUCCAGGUCUAAAAUCCAUCUAAUUUAUGUUGAUAUUUGGGUUCAUUGUCAGAUAAUAUUUAAAAUAUGCAGAACCAUUAAAAAUUUUGAAAUGUUUAAGGAUAAUUGUGAAUUACAUCUUUUUUAGUUUUAUAUCACACCAAAACAGGCGGUCUAACAUGCCACCUGCAAUACCAAAUGUAAACGUUAGGUGGCACUGUGAGCCCCAAAAAGGAUUGCACUUUUGCAAAAUUGAGAAUUAUUGAAUGAUAAGAAAAGAUAAUAUCCCCUAUCUAAUUUGGAUGUUUUUAUUUAAGGGGAAAGUGUCAGUGUGAAAAGCAAUAGAACAUAUUUGUGCAUUUCAUGUAAUCUGAAAUAUUGUCAAAUUAAAUUUAUCCAAGUACAAUGACCACACAAAGAAAUUAGACCAUUGUCAAGAUGA